GGGGUUCCUGGUGCUUGGAUCAAAGCUGCCCUUUGGAAUUUUCCCUGGAGCUUCUUGAGAAUAAAAGAGCUGUCCCAGGCACUACCAUGCUGCAGCUAUGUGUGCUGCCAGUCACCCUGACCAGUGUGGAACAGAAUGGCAUACUCCCUCCUCCUUCAGUUCCAGGGUCUUCCUGUGGACACAGUGUCCUUGCUGCAGGCGGCUUAUUCCCCACCGGAGCGCUGAUCUGCAGGGUUUGGAACAUCACCCUGUGGUCUCCCUGUCUUUGGGGCAAGCAGGAGGCAGCUGUGAGAGGGACACAGCUGCAUGGGAACGGCUGCAGUUGCUGGCAGCAGGCAGGGCUGUGUGCCAGGGUUUGAGGCCUGCUGGGAACUGACCUUGGGCGGGAGCAAAGAGCCGGGGUGGAGCGUGGCUGAGCUGCAACUGGAAGCAUGGCUGCCCCGUGCAAGGACUGCACCCCUCAGGACCAAAUCUCCCAGGACCAGAUCCACCACGAGGUGCAGGUUUCGUGAGUGUGGAGGCACCACGGCCCAGCUUGCUGCAGUCGGGUGGCCCCUGUCUUUCCUUUGCCAGGAUUACUAUGGCAGGGUGCUGCAGAAGUCACAGGACCUGAAAACCAACGCUUGCAUCACACCGACCAGGCCUGUUCCCAAGGCGGUGAGAGAUGCUCUGCAGCGUGUCCAUGAGGAGGUGGUGGCCAGGUACUAUGGCUGUGGCCUGAUCAUCCCUGAGUGCCUGGCGUCCUGCCGGGUCCUCGACCUGGGCAGCGGCAGCGGCAGGGACUGCUACAUGCUGAGCCAGCUGGUGGGGGAGCAGGGCCAUGUCACCGGCAUCGACAUGACUGAGGCACAGGUCGAAGUGGCAAAAAAGCACAUUGCCUAUCACAUGGAGAAGUUUGGCUACCAAAAGCCAAACGUGGAAUUCUUCCAGGGGUACAUGGAGAACCUUGGUGAUGUUGGGCUGACUGACGAGAGCUAUGAUAUUGUCAUCUCUAACUGUGUGAUCAACCUCGCCCCCGACAAGAGGGCUGUGCUUCAGGAGGCCUACCGUGUGCUGAAGCCUGGAGGAGAAAUGUACUUCAGCGAUGUCUAUGCCAACCAGCACCUGAGUGAAGCCGUGAGGAAGCACAGGGUGCUGUGGGGAGAGUGCCUGACAGGAGCCCUGUUCUGGAGAGACUUGUACAGCAUUGCCAAGGAGGUGGGUUUCAGCCCUCCCUGCCUGGUCACCGCCAGUCCCAUCACUGUCAGCAACAAGGAGCUGGAGAGAAUCAUUGGUGACUGCUGCUUCGUCUCAGCCACGUACCGGCUCUUCAAGGUGCCAGGGAGCAGCCGGGCUGGGCCAGGCCAGGUCAUCUACAAUGGUGGGAUUGUGGGGCAUGAGCGAGAGCUGGUGUUUGAUGCCAACUUCACUUUCAAGGAAGGAGAAGUGGUGGACGUGGAUGCUGAAAUGGCUGCGAUAUUGCGGAGCUCCAGGUUUGCGGAGAAGUUCCUGAUCCAGGCUGGUGGAACUGAUGGUGCUGUAGCACAAGGCUGCUGUCAUGGGAAGAUGAAGGAGAAGAUCUGUGACCCCUUCCUGCUGUUGCAGCAGCGGGCAGCCCCAGCUCCUGCCUGUGGUGCUGCCGGGACCUGCGGGCUGCAGGGCUGCUGAUCGGAGAGCGAUGUCCCUACAGCGCUGGGAGCCGGGGGGCUGCGGCUUCACCGGAGAGAAAAUACAAAGAAAUAGUUGAGCAGUGUG